AGUGGCGAGCAUCUAUUCCUUCCCAUCCAUACGGUCCGGGCACGGUAGACAAGGAGGCUUCUGCUCCAGCUAUAUAUUUGCCAUCACAGCCUAGUGGCCUUCCACACAGGAGCCCGCGGAGUGAUCAAAAAAGCAAGUAACAAGAGAAGAUGACCGACGUUGUGAUGACCAUCAGUACUACCACGGAUUUGGAAAGAGAACUGAAUAAAUCCGACAAGCUGAUUGUGCUGGAGUUCAUGGCGCCGUGGAGUGAGCCAUGCAAGGUCAUGAAGGAACCUUAUAGGCGAAUCGCCAGAGCAAGAAAAGACAGAGUCAACUUCUACACGCUCAACGUCGACAAGUUCAAAGAUUUGGCGGAGGAAGCUGGCGUGGAGGCGCUACCGAUGUACGUUCUACUGAAGAAUGACGAUGUGAUCGACAUGGUCGUUGGCGUCAGGAGGCACGAGCUCGAGAACGCCAUAAAAAACAAUAUCUAACGACUGAUCCGAUCAGAUCAUCCAUGCGUCGAGAACGAACGGGAAAUGAAUGAUUCAUAGUUAAAUAAGCCCACUACUGUACGUCCCAUGUGUUGUAUCACGGAUACUGAAACUCGUGUGUGCAUGUACACAUCCUAGCUAGCUCAGCCGCCGUAGAUCCCCAUGUUAUACAUUGUACGUAUGGAUCUCGAUUAUCGAUUGUCCCAUGUUUGAUUUCCUAAACUUCUGUGGAAGUAGAUCCCCAUGUUAUGUAUACUCUGGUUUGAAACAGUUUGCAAUAAAUCAAUGUCUGGCUAGUAUAUUUCUUA